UCUCUCUCAUCACCAUAUGCCACCAACCCGUCGUCACCACCCUUGAUCACCUCCUCCACUAGGGUUCCCAAAUUACACACUAUGUAUGGCUCACACAUCUGAGAAAAAUUGUUAGAAGUUCAAGUGUUGUUGUUGUUUCCGUCACAUCCUCUAAACAAUCCACCGGAAACCCUAACCUACCACCGCACCCGUCGGAGCUUCUGCUGCUGCUGCUGCCGUCACUCCGCCUCUGUUAACAUAGAUACGAGAUUUAAAACACCGCAAUUAACUUACAAACCUCUUCGAUUUAGGGAACCAUUGUUGAAGAUUUUGUGUCCUUUGGGAAGGUUACAUCAAAGUUAUUAGCUUUGGAAAGCUGGAUACUUAAAUGCAGUUAUCGGUGCACUGGUCCUUCACGUAAAUACUAUUUAUUUCAUGAUUACGGAAGCAGAGGCCGAUAUUGUCCUAUUUAGCCAUGGUAGUGUUUGGGAAUAUUUUCAAAGCAAAUCGUUCCCAAUUCUCACUUGUAACCUAGAAAUUGCACAACCGAUUUCGCUUUCAAUCCGCUUCAAAUCAAGUAGAAAUUAUACAAUUGAUCCGUAGUCUCUAGUCUACCGAUCAAAGUUCAACAAUCAUGUCUCCAUGGUGGAGUAAAUCUUCAUCGAAAGAUCCGAAAAAGAAAUCAAAUGGGGGCGGUAUUUUCGGUUCCAUUCAGCGAAAGCUAAAAAGCCCGUCUGAAUCUAAACAAAAAUCGUCUCGAAAGCGUUGUGAAAUCGCUUCCGAAAAGGGAUCUAAUUCUCGGGCCUCUUCUCCGUCGACCCUUGUGGGCCGGUCUCAAAGUUUUGCAGAAAGACCGCAUGCACGUCCACUACCGCUUCCGGAAAACUUGUCGGAUGCUGCUCGGGUCGAUUCAGGAAAACGGGCAUCAAGAAGCCCGGGAGUUGGCAAAGGGUCAUCACCGUUGGUGCUUUUCCCGCUUCCUAAACCUAAUCGUGUUCAAAGUGCGGUUGGUCAUGUGGAUGCUGAAGGGGAUUUAGCAAUGGAUUCGGAUUAUACUGAUAGUGAUACUGAUAGUGAUGACCCCCCUGAUUCCCGGCUUCUAAGCCCUCAAGCAUCUGAUUAUGAAACGGGGAAUAAAACGUCUGCGAACAGUCCGACAAGCCGUGUUACUUUUGUAACUAAAAAGAAAAGGGAGAAAACAAAGCCAGUCAAAGCAUGUGCGAACAACCAAACGGGACCCGCAUCACAAAAACGGGGUCCGUUUGGUCAUCAAAUGGCCAAGUUACAGAUACCUCCAUCGGUUGCUUUCUUUAGUGCACCCGACAGUUCCAUGUCCAGUCCCUCUAGAAGCCCAAUAAGGGUAUACGGGCCCGAACCGACCCUGUCACCAGGUUUCUGGGCCGGUAGGCCCUACGCUGAUGCGGGCUUUCUUGGAUCAGGCCAGUGUUCUAGUCCUGGUUCGGGUCACAACUCAAGUCAUAAUUCGAUCGGUGGAGACAUGACAACUCAGUUGUGUUGGCAACAUAGCAGAUGCAGCCCUGAAUGCUCACCGUUACCUAGUCCUCGGAUGGCAAGCCCGGGUCCCAGCUCGAGAAUACAAAGUGGGUCCGUCACGCCGUUGCAUCCACGAGCCGGUGACUGGCAUGAUGAUGCGGUUACGGGAAAACAACAAACCCAUCGGCUACCGCUUCCUCCAGUAACCAUGUCUAACGCUGGCCCGUAUUCACCAUCGUAUUCGACCGGAACCACACCGAAGGUUCCAAGAAGCCCCGGUCGAGCGGACCUUUUGGCUAGCCAUGGUUCACGCUGGAAGAAGGGUCGGUUGCUUGGUAGAGGCACGUUUGGACAUGUUUAUCUUGGUUUCAACAGUGAAAGUGGAGAAAUGUGUGCGAUGAAGGAGGUGACUUUAUUCUCAGAUGAUGCAAAGUCGAAAGAAAGUGCCCAACAGCUGGGGCAAGAAAUUGCUCUUUUAAGUCGUUUGCGACAUCCAAGCAUUGUGCAAUAUUAUGGAUCUGAGACCGUGGAUGACAAACUUUAUAUAUAUUUGGAGUAUAUGUCUGGCGGUUCUAUUCAUAAAAUCCUUCAGGAUUAUGGACCACUGGGUGAAAUUGCUAUUCGCAGUUACACUCAUCAGAUACUAUUAGGACUUUCCUACUUACAUGCUACAAAUACAGUCCAUAGGGACAUAAAAGGAGCAAAUAUACUUGUUGAUCCUAAUGGACGUGUAAAGUUAGCUGAUUUUGGGAUGGCAAAACACAUUUCAGGACCGUCAUGCCCGUUAUCGUUUAAGGGAAGUCCAUACUGGAUGGCACCGGAGGUUAUUAACAAUAAUUCAAGUGGUUGCAAUCUUGCGGUGGAUAUAUGGAGCCUUGGGUGCACCGUAAUAGAAAUGGCUACAAGUAAACCACCUUGGAGUCGGUACGAAGGGGUUGCUGCUCUAUUUAAGGUUGGAAACAGCAAAGAACUUCCGACAAUUCCUGAUCAUCUUUCGGAUGACGGUAAAGACUUUAUCUUGCAAUGCUUGCAGCGGACCCCGUCACACCGCCCUACCGCCACUCAACUUCUUGACCACCCGUUCGUCAAAAGUAUCGGUUCGUCUGAAAGAUUCAUAUCUAGUCCUGGCCCGAUUACAAACGCGAUGAGAUCUCUGGGCAUUGGUCAUGCUUCUGAAGGUGUUCCGGUUCUUCACUCUAGAGGUCAUACACCUCGUAGUAACAUAUCAUGCCCGGUUUCCCACAUGGGCAGCCCGCUUUUGCAUUCAAGAACGGGUCAAAAUAUGAACGGAAGACUAUCCCCAUCUCCAAUAUCAAGCCCGCGGGCCAUCUCGGGCUCAUCCACACCUUUAACCGGAGCCUGCGGUGGUGGGGCCAUUCCGUUUUAUCCCCGGGUGCAGAGCCCAUACCCUCAUGAGUUUACGGGUGUGACUUUGACUUCAAGGUCUCCUACCAGAACCUUCGGCCCACCUGGUAAUGGGCCCCACUUUCUGGACCCAAGGCCUGAUAUGUUUCGAGCAAUGCCUCAAGGGUCUCCUUUCUUUCACGAGAUAGUUCCGUCAGACAAUGAUUUUUUAGGGAAUCAAAAAGAAACAUAUGGCGGAAAAUCGGUGUUAGCCGACCGUGUUUCGCAGCAGCUUUUGGGAGAUCAUGUCAAACUGUAUCCGCCCAUUGACCUCAAGCCCACUUCGCCAGUGGUUAGUCGAAGACACUGGAGUUGACUUGAUUUGACCUUUAUUAGUCCGACUAAAAGAACGUUAUGAAUAAUAUCUAAAAUAUAUAUAUUUUGUUUUUAUGCUCAUAAUCCCUUUGGAAGGUAAUACCUGGAGGGAUGCUAUUAAGUAUAGGUACAGUUAUUUCGGUUAUGCAGAUGGAUAGCUUUUGAAAGUUAAGCAUUUUAACAACGGUUGGUGGUGGAUAUGUAAAGAAGUGUACAACUCAUACUUGUUAUGCAGCAGUGAUCAGUGGGCUUGUUUGACAGAAAGACGGUUAGAUGUUAGAAUUCGGAUUUUGGUGAAAAAAGUUGGUUCGGUUGUUGUGUAAGGUGUAAGGCAUGGUUUAGGGUUAAAGUGAAAACAGUUGAUGUAACCAUGUUUUGUGCACAACGAAAUCUUUAUCUAUGAGGAAUCUCUUCUUUUUUA